AUGUGGGCUGCAGGAGGGGUUUUUGAGGGUGGUGAUGGGUACAAGGACAUCUCCUGCUGCUGGUGGCUGGGGCUGAGCUCGCUCUCCGUGUCCUGCAGGUCUGCGUGGGGCCGCAAAGCUGCCCUCUCCACGCUCUCCAUCCUGGUGGCCCUGCUGAUCGCUGGCCAGGCUGUCACCAUCUACUUCGUCUACCAGCAGAGCGGGCAGAUCAGCAAGCUGACCAGGACCUCCCAGAACCUGCAGCUGGAGGCACUGCAGAGGAAGCUGCCCUCCAGUGCCAAGCCAAUGAACAAGAUAAAGAUGGCCAUGGUGAACACGCCCCUGGUCAUGAGGGAUGUGGCUUUUGCCUCCUCUGUAGCCAAAAUGGACACGGCCCCUGCCAGCAACAAAACCGAGGACCAAGUGAAGCACCUGCUGCUGCAAGCAGACUCCAGGAAGACAUUCCCAGAGCUGAAGGACAACCUGAUGGACAACCUGAAGACCCUGAAGAACACCAUGACUGAUAUGGACUGGAAGUCCUUUGAAGGCUGGAUGCACAAGUGGCUGCUGUUUGAAAUGGCCAAGAACCCCAAGCCAAAGGAGCGUAAGGCCAUCCCAGCGGAGAAAGUGCAAACUAAGUGCCAGGCGGAGGCCAAUUCUGGGGGCGUCCAUCCGGGUCGCUUCCGCCCGCAGUGCGAUGAGAACGGCGACUACCUGCCCAAGCAGUGCAAUGCCUCCACGGGCUACUGCUGGUGCUCCUACAAAAAUGGCACCAGGAUUGAGGGCACUGCCACUCGGGAAAAGCUGGACUGCCCCG